AUGUAUAUCAAGUCAGAUUGUGAGCCAGUCCGAAAUUCUACGAGUAAAGGUGAAGAAACCAUCGUGGAACAGUCAAAGGAAAAGAGUGUCAGAGAAAACAAAGUGAAAAACAAAGUUGAAAUUUACCCAUUGAAGCGACCUCAGCAUGAAACAGCCAGGACGAGUACCGGGAAUAAAACGCUAGGUGUCUCACAUCCGCAUGUGAUAGACAAGAGUCAGUUUUGGAUACAAAAUGAAUCCAGACAUGAAAGAACAAGAAAUAUUGAGAAGCUAUGUCAUGAUUAUCCGUUAAUCACGAAGCAUACGAAGGUACACGGAACCUUCUAUAAUAACUAUACAGUUUUCUAUUGUGGCAUUCCAAAGGUAGGAUCUACUUUUCUAGGAACAUUCAUGCCAACAAUAUUUAACUGUAGUAAUGAAUACAGCACCAGCUUUAGAGGAGCUCACAAGAAUGUGAGCCGUGGUGAAUAUAAUGUAAGCAAACAAUUGAUAAACCAGGCAUAUGCUUUGAUGUUCGUCCGAGAACCGUAUCACCGGCUCUUCUCAGCGUAUGAAAAUAAAUUGUUUCACCCAAAUGAAUUUUGGAGAAUCCUGGGUGUUCGUGUGAUUGAAGAAGUUCGAAGAAAUGCAACAAAUUUAAGUAAACAAUUAGGACAUGAUGUAUCAUUCGCUGAGCUAGUCGAAUAUGUGGUAAUUAACCACGAGAAAGGCGUAUCAAUAAAUUCACAUCUGACACCGAUGCAUACUAUUUGCGAUCCAUGUUCCAUCAACUUUGAUUUCAUUGGCAGACUUGAAACAAUGAGUGACGACAUAGAAUAUAUUGUGGAUGAGUGGAAAUUUAAAGGAAUCAUUUCGAAGAAUAACAAGCCAGCCAGAACAUUGGAGAAAGAAGUACAGUACAAAAGAUCAUUCGGAAGGAUAGGCCACAUGUUCAGGAGACUGCAUAAACAUAAGUCUCAAGUUUCUCGAUAUAAACUGUUUCAAAGAACUUGGUCGAGCUAUCAAAUUAGUGGUUUGAUUCUAAAGGAUUAUAAAAUGCCAUUUUUGAGAAAAGAAGUUGGAAAUAUUAAUGAAGGAAAAUAUAAACUUGCUGUCAAAAAAGCUUUGAACGAAAGUGAGAAUUACGUCAAAGAACUGAAAUCACAACGCGAAGAAGCUUUCAUACAGGCUUACAGUAGCGUGCCAAUGGACCUUCUGUUUAGACUAAGGGAAUUCAUGAAGCCAGAUUGUUUACUCUUUGGAUACGACGACAAACCCGAGAUUAUAUUCAAUAGGAAGAAUUUAAUUAGGUCAAGAUCCUUUACAUACUUCAAGGGGAUGAAAUAGGAGAUAACAUGUAUUUGUCAACGCAUCUGAUUGAACAAUGUAUUCCCGGUUGCGUUGUAGCACGUGUUUUGUCCGAGGUUUGUGAUUACUGUAGGCGACGCUAUUUUAAAUCAUACAUUACAUUUACUGCCUCUGAUGUAUUUCGUGAAAGAUAUUGUGCACCAUUUUCGAACAUACUUUUACGCUUUUCGUUAUUGCCCUGAUUCUAAAAUACUUUUCUAUGUAGUACUAGCGUCAAAAAUGAUAAACGGGAGUUCAAAGUUGGUAUAUACGAGUCCUCAGUCGAUCAUAACGUCCGUUUGAAAACCUUUGUCCGGAGGUAUUUAAAGGUGGUUCAUAAACAUGACUUUAGUUCAGCUAAAGAAAUAUGUUCUGUAAAUAGUAAUGUUAGUGACCCUUUGGUUAAUGAUGGUGAGAAUUUUAAUGAUCAGAUUACCACUUUUUAAGUAAGAAGGGCAAUAACCUCUGCAUAUAAGGACAAGUCAUAUGGUAUUGACAGUAUUACAGUUGAAGUUCUAAUUAAUCCUCGUCAGUUUCACGUGUGCACAUUUAAUUCAACAUACGUUUUGAUGCUGGGGUUGUUUUAAAUUUGAUGAGUAAGUGUAUUAUUAAACCACUCCACAAAUCUUUAGAAAGCUUAUGGUACUAUCAACAGAGAUAUUUUAUAGGACACAUAGAUGGAUAUUGGUAUUAUUAACGCUGUUAAAUCUCUUUGUGUUGAACUUAUGCCAUGUGUACGAAUUGAUCAUUUCAAUACUGACUUGUUCAAUGUUAAAUGCGGUUUAAGACAAGGGUGUAUGUUGUUUCCCCUUUUAUUUAACCUCUUUAUAAAUGAUUUAUCCAUGCAUUUAUCCUAUGAAAUUGUGAUUUGUAAUAAAAUUAUCUGUAUCAUGUUA